GUAAGAACAGUCACAGUCAGGAGAACUUAAGAAACACAACAAGAGAGAGACCAAAAUUCUUUACACGAACCCCUUUCCUUUUAAAAUGAAGCGUGAUAAUUAGUUUAUUACUUAUAUAUCCCGGUUUCAAUCUCUUCACGUACUUUCGAAUAUGUGAAAUGGCCUGUGAUGUGCUCAAAAGUCUUGUGUUCUGUGUAUUUAUCUCAUGCUUCUCGUCCCUUUUUCAGCCAGCAUUUUGUGAUGAGUAUUCUAGGCUGUUUUUCGAAAACGAUGAGGUCUGUUCAUAUGCUUUCAAACCGAAAAAUAUUUUAAUUGGCCACAAGGAUAAACCUGCUCUCAUUCUCUCGGAAAAGAGCUAUUUUGAUAGUUGGCCUGGAACUCGUCCUUUUAACUGCAAUUUCCAUGUUUUCGUUCACAAUCAAGGCUUAUUUGCAGUCAUACAGAAUAUGUAUCUUCGUCGGAAUGCAACAACAAAAGAAUGCAUCGAUUACAUCCAGUUUAAGCAAAGUAAGCAGCAAUUUCCAAUCAAUCUUCAAUUUGAAAGGGAGCAACACAACUGGGGGCCCAAGUACUGUGGUCGGAUAAUAGCAACAGACAUCAUGAUGGAGCAGCCUGACUCAGAUAUUGCCCCGAACGCAUACAUUGCAAAUGAAGGCUCAAUUGCUGUCAAGAUACAUAUAACUCCAAAGCAAGUUCUUGAAAAUGAAACUCUCACUCUAGAAAUAGCUUUUACACCGUACUCAAUUUGUAGAUAUGAUAACAAUGCUGUCAAAAACUGUGGAGAAAACAUGUGUAUCAGUCAAAAAUAUGUCACUGAUGGUGUUGUGAACUGCCCGUUUAUAGACUGCAGAGAUGAAGGCACCUGUGUACUUAAUUUUAACGGCACAAGAAUAACCAAAUUUGCCACAGGAAUAGGAGUACGGCUCUCCAUGAAUGCUAUUGCAAGUGUCUUUUCCGUUUUCCUUGUGUUCAUUUCCUGUCUAUGGUUGUGUCGACACUGUGGAGCAUUUUGCUUUGAACCACCCCCUCAACCCAUCAUAGUCUCUAGUCCUGUUGAAAUGGGAGACGUUAGAGCUCAACAAGCUGCAACUGCUCCACCAAUUGCUGAUGACAAAGACUUACCCCCAUCGUAUGAUUCUCUUUUUCCUGAGGGGAGGUAGUUCUUUACAAGAAUAUGUCUGAUGAACCAUCUCUCCUCGUAAUCUCAACGUAAAAGAUGAUCAAAAAAGUUGAGCAUCGUUUAAUGAUAAGUUGAAGUUGCCUUUGUGUACAUUCAUCGCACUUCAGUCAUAGAUGAUUCUCAGCCUGGUAUGUAAUGGAAUUCUUGAGAAUCAAUGUUUUUCAGCAUUUAUAUCUAUGAUGUAUGUAAUUGCUAUGAAGAAGUUAUCAGACCAAUCAAGACUUGGGGAAACUUCUGUUCACCUGUUAGUAGCUGAAGUUAUAGCAUCAAUUGGUUCAAAAUAUUUUAACAACCUUUAAAACUCCUUACAUACUAAGAUUUGAAGAUUUCAGUCGAGAAAAGGUUUGAUUGGACAUCAGAAGUCAGUAAUUAUUUUCUGUUGUAGAAGUUAAAGGCAGUAGAUGAAAUGUAGUACUUAAAUUCUGGUCCCAACGUCUGAAAAAAAGUUCUUAUCUUAAAAGAGCGAUGAGUAAACUCACCUCCUAUUUUAUAGAGCCUCUUUAUCAUGAAAAAAUAGGUUUUCUUUUUUCGUUGAAGGUUUUUUUUCUUUUUCUUGCUAUUCUCAUGCAGGCAUUCCACCUUUAUUUUAUAUUAACAGUUUUGUCAUUGUAAGUAUUGAUGCCCUUCUUCUGAUGAAGGAUGAGGUUUUUCUCAUUUAAAUCAACAUAUUUUUAUCAUUUCAAUGAAUUCCGAAGGUACCUGUGAAUUCAUAUCAGUAUUUUUUCUUUAUUUGAAUCAAUCAUCAUUACGUUCCUAAUUACACUUGUAUUUUCAUGUAUUCUACUUUAAUAAUACCCUCUAAGGAAUGGAAAAACAAUACUCUUUUUACGAAGUCUAAAAAAUUUAAGGUUCCACCUCAACAAGAAAUUGAGCUUUGUCGGAAAAUUCUGAUUAGUUUUCAAUAUUAUGAGCAGUUUUUAUUCUCUUUAGCAUCAGUUGAGAUUCAUGGCAAUUAACCAAUGCCGUGUGUAGGAACAGCUAAAAACUAAUCAGUAGAUUAGUGCCUGACUCGACUUGGAUAUCUGACUAGUAACAUUAUUGAUGGAAUCUUACAAAGUGGCAUAACAAGCGUACUUAUUUCAUUCAAUUCAUAAAGCCCCUGUAUUAUUGUCCAUAAACUCAUAGUGUGAGUCAUUUCAAGAACCAAGGCGUUGUAUAAUUAUUGUUUGUUCAUUGAAGCUUUUCGACCGGGUGGUCAUCAUCAGAGUUUCAAUGCAUAUCACAAUUUACUACAAUCACGUUUUGUAAAGUUUUCAAUAAUUCAACAACACUAACAUUGAUUGUAA